CCGAGAAACCGAUCGCCCGUGGUGGCGGAGAUGAAGAAGGUGAGCGAGAAGCGGGCUGUGAACUUGCCCAAGAUACCGAGCCAUUACGAUGGCGCGCCAUCCGAGCCCCCGCCUGUCAACGCGUCGCCGCGCCGCGGCAAGGGCAUCAAGACCAUCGAGAUGGACAUGGGCACGAUGCCAAUGCUCACGUCCGUGGGCCCAACGACGCCGACGUCGGGCGGUCGCCCACCCAGCAUCCGCACACGGAAGCUCGAAGAGCAGAGUGGGCCGCCCAGCGACAAUGGGUUUGGGGCCGUGCCUCCCGCGAACGCGGCGUACGACGUGGACCUCUCGGCGCUCGACUCGGAGAUUGAAAAGCUGAAGCAGAUUGCAGCCAACGCCGAGAGUCAUGUCGACAUGAUCUACAGCAACGACGCCAAGCGCAAGGGCUACUACAAACAGAUUAGCGAAAUGGGCUACAUGGAGCAGGAAAUAUCGCUGCAAAAACGAGAAAUCUCGCUUCAAGUCGACAAGCUCGAGAAUGACAAGAAGCACCUGGAGAUCAUCUCCGCGACCAAGGAGCUUCAAGUCAUCGCCCUCGAGAAAGAGCGCGGACAGCUCCACGAUGCACUGCGCAUGCAAGGCGAAGCCCAUGCACGUGAAUUGGCAACGCGGGAGGCGGCCUUGCACAAGGUCGAGGCCCAGCUGCGCGACAGCCAAAAACUGCUGGGCGACACAGAAGACAGUUUAAUGUCUGCGCGCGUUCUGAAUGACGAGAUCGCCACCAGCCUCAAGAAGCGGACGUCCGACUUGGAGCACACGCGCGGUGCGCUCGAAGUCGCACAAAAGACGUGCGAGCUGCACAACGCGACGCUGGCCGCCCAAGCCAAGCGGUUCGAGUCGCUCGACGCGGCGCUUUUGCUUGCCCAGGGCAACAUGCAACAACUCGAGUCGCGGACGGCCGAGCAGAAAGCCAUGAUCAAGCAGUACAAAGAGGACAGUGUGGGCCAUAUCGGAGCGCAAGACAAGCUCCGUGCCGAGCUCAAGACGGCGACGGACGCGCGGCAGCAGCUCACCAGCCAAGUCAAAGUCCUUGAAAAGUCGAUCGCUACGUACAAGCGCCAGCAAGCCAAGCUCGAAGCGGCCAAGACGGCGCAGGACGCACAGCUCGCGGCCGCACGCACCAAAUGCAAGCUUCUACGACGCCAAGAAGACGCGCUCGUGGCCCAAACGCUGUCGCACGUGGUCGACACGGCGACCAUUGACGCGCAGGAAGCCCACAUUGCCUCGCUCGAGGCGACGUGCGCCCACCAAGCGGCCGAACUUGGCGUUUUUGAGACCAAAAUGCGUGCCGGUGAAGCCCAGCACAUGAAGAACCGAUCCCUCAUUGAGCUGCUGGAGACGAAAGUCCAAGGGCUCACAGACGUCAUUGGACGGCAGGAUAAGGAAAUUCUCGUCAGCCGCGAUCGGGUUCUUGUCCAAGACGCUCUCCUCGCGGCCAAGGACGCGGAGCUUGUGACGCUCAAGGUGACCUGUGACACGCAAGCACGGGACCUCGCGGCUCAAAUUGAGGCCCACCGCAGUGCAACCGCGGUUCACGCAGGCGUCGUCGCCGGUAUGCGCGCGGGUAGCGACGAAAUGGCGGCACGCUUUGACGCGCUUCAGAUGGACUUUGAAGCCAAAGUGCUUGAGAGCGAAGACCGGUUCCGCAAGACGCGCGAUCUCGAAGCUCAAGUACGCGCGGCCGAGGCUCUCGCCUCCGCGACCACCGACCAGCUCAAAGCGCGCGAGGCAGAGUUUGCGGCCAACCGCGCGCAGCUGGAGCUCCAGGCCACGCAAGCCCAAGACGCGUUCGCCGCGCAACUGCAAGCCGCCAACGCCGAUGCGGCGGCCCGGAUCGCGGCCGUCGACAACGAGAAGGCUCAAGUCGAAGCCGCGCUCCGGAACGCCGAGUCAGCGCUGCGCCACGUCGAGGAAGCCAACGCCGAGAUGAAGGCCGCGUACGAGCAGACGGUGCGAGCGCGGGCCGAGACGAUCGAGCAGGACGAAGAGCGCAUCCACUUGCUCGAGAUUCAAAUCAAAAUGAACGCUGAACAGGCCAUCAAGCGUCGACAGGUGCUACAAGACGAGCUGGACCGCGCCCACAACGAGUAUCGCGAGAAAUUACGCACGACCGAGCGGUCGUAUGCCCUCGACGUCGAGCGACUCGACGCGGCCCGGAUCGCGGAGCGCUCGGCGAGUGCUGCGGCAGCCGCGACGAUGGAAGCAAGCUUGCGCAGCGACAUUGCCGCUCUCACACAGCAGUUGGCAACGGAACGCCAAGCCGCCGCCGACUCGAGCGCAUCCUUGCUGGGCCAGCUCGUGGCCAAGCAAGACGAGUGCGAGCAAGCCCACGCGUCCACCAUCGCGCUCGCCACCAAGCUCGAGGCCGACACAACAAGCUUUACGAAUCAAAUAUCCAUGCUCAAAGAAGAGGUUGCGGCGAUGCUAGAGGCACGCGCCACGCUCCAAGAGACGAUCACCAACAACGCCAUCGCGCUCGCCGAGUGCCACAGCCACCACCGAGCCGAGAUCGAGGAGCUGCAGGCAUCCCACGACGACAUCCUCGCCAAGCGUCAAACGGCGUCCGUCGCAGCGCUCAACGCGUGCGAAGCCGACUGGCGCCGGCGGUAUACGACGCUCGUGGCCGAAACCAACGACCGUUGUGCCGUCGCGACGGCGGUGCACGCGGAUGCCGUCGCGGCCCUUGAAUCCAAGAGUGCCGAGGCCCUCAAAGCAGCGAAAGAGGCGUACGAAGCUCAAGUGGCGCCUCUGCGCGAGGCCCAGCGGCUUUUAAUCAUGCAGCACGAAGACGAGAUCGGGCACUGCCACGAGAUGUACAUGGCGCAGCUCACGCAUUGGCACGCGACGUACCAAGGCGAGCUCGCGCACUGGCACGCCACGUAUCAAGGCAAACUCGAUGGGAAGCAAGACAUGUACGACACGGAUUUGACAGCUUGCCAUGCAAGGUACAAGCAGCAGCUCGAAGCCGCGGCGAUCGACGCCGAAGCGGCGCUGGACGCAACGAUUGCAGCGUCGGCGACGGCGUUGGCGGCUAGAGUCCAAGCGCACGCCAGUGCGAUGGCCGAGACCACGGCGUCGUACGAAGCCGAGGUGGCGUCGGUCAAGGCAGAGAAGGACGCACUCGCGCUGACCCUCGCGACGACGACGGCGGCCUUGCAAGACCAGUUGGCGAGCGCGAUGUUGACGGCAGAAAAGCAGCUCGCCGCCACGACCGCCGCGGCUGACGUCAAGUACAACGCGGCGGUCGAGUUGCACGACGCACAGGGCGCGGCGGCGAGCGCCCGCCUCGCCGAGACUAUCGCCAAGUACGAAGCCGAUCUCGCGCACUGGCAUGCCACGUACCAAGGCCAGUUGGCGACGGCCAAGGCGACGCACGAGCGAGAGUACGCGGCGUGCGUCGACGACUACGCGGGCCGCUUAACCGCGAGCACGGCUGCGUACGAAGCCCAGCUGAUCGAAACACAUGCAUCGUACGCCGAGCAAAUGGCCGAGGCCAGCGCCGAGCACAAGCACAAGCUGGCGACGACCGAGGCGGCGUUAAAAGCCCAGAUCGAAGCCACGGAGGUGGCGCUUAAGAACAAGCUUGGGUCCAGCGAAGCGAGCUACAAGGCGGCGAUUGAGGCCACCGAGUGCGCGCUCAAGGCCAAACUCGCGUCCACCGAGGCGUUCUACCAAGACAAGCUUCUCCGCACCGAGACGAGCCUCAAGGACAAGAUCGAGGCGACCGAAUCCUCGUACAAAGCCAAGCUCGAGGCGGCCGAGACCAGCGGCAAAGAGCGCUUGAUGGCGGCCGAGGCGAUCGCUGCGGCCGAGCUCGCGACCUCGAUUGCUGCGUACCAAAGCCAGUUGAGCGCCGCUAAGGCCGUGUACGACAAGAACAUGGCCGACACGCUGGCGUCCUCAGCAGCGACGCUCGAGGCCGCCAAUGCAAAGAGCGCAUCGCAGACCGCCGCGCUCGAAGAGACCUUGGCGUCGACGAUCGCGUCCUACAAAGAGCAGCUAGCAACGCUCCGGGCCGAGACGGCCGAUGCGUUGCGCUUGAGCCAUUUGACGCACGAGGAGCAGCUCGCGAGUUGCAAGCGCGAGUACGAGUCGACGCUCAAGCAGCGCCAGGACGCUUACGAAGAGACGUUGGCGCACUGCACGGCCGAGUACGAGGACGGCAUGGCGGCGCGCAAGGCCCAGUACGAAGAGGUCCUGGCCAAGCGAAAGGAAGUGUACGACGAGACGCUCGCCGCGCGCAAGCACGAGUUCGAGACAACGCUCAUGAGUCGCCACUUCGAGUACGAGUCGACGCUCGGGAGCCGCCAGUUUGAGUACGACUCGACGCUCGCGCAUCGCCAGGCCGAGUAUGAAGCGACGCUAGCUCGGCGCAAGCAAGAGCACGACGACGCGAUUGCCGCCACGAUUGCCUCGUACGACACGCAGGUGACCGGGUACGAAGGCCAGGUCGGCGAGAUGAAGGCGCGUUACGAAGCACAACUCAGCGAGACCAUUGCGCGCUACGAAAUGCAGCUCACCGAGUACGCGGGCCGGUGCGCGAGCCAGCUCGCGUCGUCGUCGUCAAUGUACGAGACGCAGCUCAACAAGUGCAAAGUGGGGUACGAGAUCCAGCUGCAGAGCGCCGUCGCCAACCACGAAGCGUCGUUGGCCGAAACGAGCGCAAGAUACGAAGCCACGCUCGCGACGCGAACGACGUCGCUUGAAGCGCAGCGGGCGGACCUCGAAGCGCGCGUAUCUGACGCCGAGACGAUGCUCCGCGAGUCCACGGCCACGUACGAAGGGCGGCUAGAAGAGAUGGAGUCCGACUAUGAGACCCAGCUGCGGCUUAUGGAAGCCGACUACGAGUCACGGCUUAGCGACGCCAGCGCCGAGCACAGCGCGACGCUCAGCGAUAUGACGGCCAAGUACGAAGCCCGGUUGAGCGACAACACGUCGGCGUACGAGCAUCAGCUUCACGAGACCAUUGCUCGGCUCGAGGCAAGCAUUGCCGAGACAGCGGCGGCCCACGACGCGCAGCGGACCGAGUUAUCCGCCGCGCACCAAGCCCAACUGGCUGACGUGGUCGCUAGCUACGCCGCUAGCUACGCCGCACAGAUUGCAUCCAACCAAGCCGAGCUGGCCGAGACCAAGACUGCGCUCGAGACCCAGCUACACGACAGCGCCGCAGCGCACGAAGCAACGUUCACCGAAACCGCUACGCGGCUCCAAGCCGAGCUCGACGAGACAAGAACGCGGUUGGAAGCCGAGCUGCGUGCGGCCAAGGACGCGCACAGCACAGACGUGGCGACAAUGACAGUAGCAUACGAAACCAAACUCCGUGAGACGACCGAGGGUCUCGAAACACGCCUCCGCGCGACCACCACCGACUUUGAGAACGAACGACUCGACAACAAGCGGAGCUGCGACGCGCAAUUGACCGAGGUGGCGGCGCGCUAUGAAGUCCAGCUGCGCGAUGCCACGUACCGCUACGAGGCGCGGAUGGCCGAUGCGGUUGUGCAGCACCAAGCCGCCACCGACGCCAAGGCCGCGGCGCACACAGCCGAGGUCGAGGCCUUGACAACCGAGCUAUCGGCGACGACUGAGCGGUAUGAGGUGCGGCUGCGCGACGUCACUGCCGGCUACGAGACGCUCUUGAGUGAUACAAAGGCCGAGUACGAAGCUCGGAUCGCCGCCCUUGUGGCAUCGAGCGCUGCCGAGCUCUUGGAGACGAAAACAGCGCUAGAGACGCAGCUUCUCGAUACGAAAACAUCGCUCGAGACACAGCUGCUCGACGCGACGUCGUCCCUCGAACGCCAGCUGCAGCGGACGACCGAGCACUACGAGACGCUUCUCGCCGACUCGACGAGUCGAUACGAAGAGGAGAUGGCGACGACCACGCGCCACUACGAGACGCAGCUCAAUGAUACGGUGGCAAAGUACUCGGCCGAGCUCUCCGAGACCUCGAGUCGCCUCGAAGCCCAGCUUGCCGAGGCGACGCGUGUGCACACGACCGAGCUCGCCGACACAAAGUCAGCUCUGGAGACCCAGCUCCGAGACGCAUCGGCCAUUGCCGCCGCCGAGCGCGCCGCGGCGACGAGCGCCCAUGAGAACGAGAUGGCAUCCACCACGAGUCGGUACGAAGCCCAGCUCUCGGCGCUGCAAGCAUCCACGGACGCAUCGCUGCGCGAGACCUCGGCCACGUACGAGACAACGUUGAGGACCCAAACAAGCCAGUACGAAGCAACCCUUAUGGAGACCACAUCGCGCUACGAGGCGACGUUGCGUGACGCCGCCGCGGCCCACGACGCCGCGCUGGCGAGCGCGACGGCGCAUUACGAAGGCCUUUUGCACGACAAGACGACGUCGUAUGAAGCCGAGCUCAGCAGCACCAAGAGCAGCUACGAGAGCACGCUUCGUUCGACUACGUCGCGGUACGAGUCGCAGCUGAGCGAGACCACCAUGCGCUAUGAGACGCAACUCCGAGAGACCACAACACACUAUGAGACGCACCUGAGCGACACAACCACCCGGUACGAGACGCAGCUGCGCGAGACGAAGCGGGCGUACGAAGGCCAGCUCACCGACACGACGUCCCGCUGCGAGACCGAGACGCGCGGGACCAAGUCAACGUAUGAAACAACGCUUCGGGAGACGACGCUCCGAUACGAGACCGAGCUCAUUGACGUCAGGAGCGCGUACGAAGCGCAAUUGAGCGCGCUGAAAACAGCGUACGAGACGCAGCUGAGUGACCUCAAGUCCAACGCGGCGCUGACACUUUCCGAGACAAAUGCUGCGGCGCAGGCGACGCUGAGCAGCUGCACCACCAGCUACGAGACGCAGCUCAGCGAGUCAAAAGCGUCGUACGAAGCCCAGCUGGCAGAGUCCAAAGCCUCGUACGAGCAGCAGAUUCGAUCGAAUCAAGCGUUUUAUGACGCCCAGUGCGCGGCGAGCCUCGAGGCGUACCACGCCGACAUUGACCGGGCCAAUACCGCGUGCGAGGCAUCCUUGGACGCGAUGAAGGACGCGAAUGCGAGCCUUGUCUCGCGCUUGGAAAAGCAGAUUGCCGACCUCGAGGCAGCCCACGACGCGGCGACAAGCGUGGCCAAGGACGCUCACGCCGCCGCGAUCGCCGAGUUGCAUCAACAGCUCCACGUGGUACAGCAAGACCAUGCCGUGGCGCUGGCGGCGACAACCGCCGCGCUCGAAGCACAGAUUGCGGCCCUUACGGCGACACACGACAAGGAGCGGUGUACAUGGCAAGAGACCCGCGCCCGCGACGCCGAGGCGGCCAACGAAGCGUACAGCACCGUUGCGAUGACGGCAGAAGCACUCGAGACCCAGCUUUUGGCCACCUCGGAAGGCUGGGACACGACACAAGAGGCACUGCGAUCGCUUCGGCAAGUGCACGAAAAGUCCAUCACAUCGCACAAGCAAGAAUCCACCGAGCAAAACGAGCUGCGCGUGACGCUUUUUCAAGAACUUGCGGGGCUGGGUCAAGACCUCACAGCGGCGCUCACGGGAAAUUUUGUGCUCAAACGCAUGAAAGAAGCGUGGAUGCCACUACUGAGUGAGCAGUACCACCCCAACUUGAGCGCCGAGUGCGAUGCGAUGGCGAGUCUCGACGACCUCCAAGCGUUCGUGGCCGCGAUCCUCGACCUCGCGACCGAGGCACAGCGCUUUGCCAAGGUGUCUGGCCGCCUCAUGAGCAUGGAGGCCCUCGAUGCUGUUGUUCGCGACAAUGACAAGCUCUGGAGCAGCCUCGGAGACACCAAAGACCGCGUCGCCAGCAUCGACCACGUGAUUCAAGUCGUCUUGGAGCACGACCAACUGCUUCAUGCGUACCCGAGUGUCCUCACCGAUGUCGGCGGUACACCGAGCGCGGCACAUGUCCUCUCGGUACUUCAGACGUACCAAACGAUCCGCGUCGAAGCAGGUCGAAUUCUUCAAGCCUCGGGUCUUUUAAACGAGCCCGAGAUCCUCUCUGCGCUCCGCGAGUGGCAGUCGUGCCGAACCCAUGUCGCGCAAGCACUGGGGUGUGGGCGACCGACGUGCACGGAGGCAGAGAUGGUGGCAUUCAUUGAAGAAUUUGUGAGUCUUCAAACCCAACUCAAGUCGCGUCUCCAGCUCCCAAAGAUUGGCGCCGUGGAGAUCUACCACUACAUUGACGAGUACCAGAGCCAUUUGACCCAAGCCGGUAUUGCACUUGCCAAGGAGAACGUCGAUACCGCGACGCUCCUCGACCUUGUGGACGAAUAUGAAAAGCUCCGUGUCCAAGUCGCUGCCACCGUCAACACGGAGAAGGCGCUCACCAACGCCAAGUCGAUCCUGGGGCUCGUCCAAGACUUUCACAAGGUUCGCGUCACCGUGACGCACACGCUCGCGCCGAAUGCGUCGGAGACACUCAUCUCGGCCGACGGCAUCAUCAAGGUCAUCGAAGAGAGCCGCAAAUUGCGUGUUGACAUUGCGGCGAUCUGGGCCACGGAUGUUGCCGACGUUGCGAACGCACAUAUCACAGCGGCGCUCCAAGAAGCGUACACGUUUCGCAACCAAGUGUCGGCGAUCCUCCACGUGCCCCGGGACACGCUCAACCACGCACAGAUCAUGCGUCUCCUCCAAGAGUACACGCAACUCAAGCUCGACGUCGCGAGCCAGUUGCGCAUGACUGAGGCGGUCUUGCACGCCAAGGACAUUUUGCACGUGAUUGAAACCCACCAAACGCUCCGUGCCGACGUCACUAAACUCUGGAGCUCGAGCGAGACGACGCUAUGGAGCACGCCCAAGGAGAUUCUUGGCUACAUUGGCGACUACCGGGACCUCCGCGCCCGAGCUGCGACCGCCUUGGGCCGCGACGGCCUCUGCACUCCGGACGAAAUCGUCAAUGUCCUCGCGUCGUUUGUCGAGCUCGGUGCCAAGCACCGCGACAUGGCGCGCCAGAAAAUGAACACAGACGCCAACAACAAUGCACUGCAAGGCUCGAUGGAGCUCAUGCAAAAAGCGCUCCAAGACUACGAGACGCGGCUGUCGGCGCUCGGUGCCAAGUACUCGUGUCCGUUCCAGGCGACGCCUGAGAGCACGGCGACCUUCUUUGUUGCCCUCGACCGAAAGCUCCAGGAAGGCCGGGACAUGGACGUGGCAUUCUACCGCCGAAAACAGGCCCACGAACAAGAUCUUGCGCACCACAUCGCGGCCAUGGAAGCUGUGCAGCGGGAGGCCGCCGCGACGCUUGAUGCGACGCUUCGAGACUGGGCAGCGAAACUGGAAAAGGCCGAGAAGGCGCGCAUCACGGACGUGGCGACGGUGCAGCAGACAAGCCGUGACGCGCUCGAGGCGACCAAGACCGACUGCGCGGCACAGAUUGCGCGCGUGACGGCCGAGACGCGUGGUCACUUGACGCAGCUCGAAGCCGAAGUCGCGGCAUUGCGCAACGCCAAACUCAAAGAGCAAAACGAUUACGAUGCGACAAUGUCGUAUCUCCAGUCGGCACUCAACACACACGCGGCAGGCGACACCAACAAAGACCCGCAAGACAAGGCCGCAUUUUUUGCGCGGUUUGUAGACCGCGACCGCAUGCUCAUGGAGCUCGUGUACACGUCAAUUCGCAGCGUGACGCAAUUGUUGACGCCGCCGAAAACGAGCACCUUUGUGUUGCCGACAGAGCUCUCGCAAGCGAUCCUCGGGUGCAUCAAGGAGCUCAAGCGCAUGAAGGAGUUUGUGUUGGGCUCCUUCGACGCCCUCCAGCGGGACCUCGCGCCGUUCUUACCCUUUGAUGUGCAAUGGUACACGGUCGAAUGGACGCCUGGCACCGACAUUGUGCCCUGGUACAUUGACAGCUUGGAAAAGACCAACGCGGUCGCGCGACUUCAAUUCCACCUCUUCCUCGCCAAGGCCAACACGAUCCUCAACGUCGCCAUGAGCACGCAGCGCGAGCGCACGCUCGAUGUGCUCCAGUUCCUCCGGCGGUCGGUCGCGCAAGACCCAGCGUCUGCCGAGAAGGACGCGCGGGUUUUGCAGCUGCAGCUCGCCGACGCGGUGGCUGAGAAGGAGACCACCGCGAUGGAAGUCGCGCUGAAAGACAGCUUCUUCAAAGAGCUGCUCUCGCAGCACGAAGCGAUUGCCAAGGAAAUGCAAGCCAAGCUCGAGGCCUACCAUACCCUCCUCGUGCACCAAGCCGCCGCCAACCAAAGCAUGCUAUUGCCCGCGACCGCCGCGCCGCUCAAGAUCGACACCAAGCUCGAGCGAGCCAUGCCAGGCUUCCGUCCGAUUCCGCGCCCCAAGUGGCAGGAAGACGACGCGACGACAAUCACCACAUCCAACGGCAAGACACUCAAGGAGCGAUUCGUGAGCGACUUGGCCACCGAGACGGGCCAGAACGCCACGCAGAGCAUGGCGGCGCUGCGCAAGGCGGGCAGCCUCGCGUUCGCUCCGACGAUGAAGCUCGAGCGCCGACCGACACAGCCGUAUGCGCCAGUGGCAGCCAGGACGCCGCCGCCGUCGGGUACGACCUUGAGCACAGCAGCGCUAUUGUACCAGGGCGUCAAGAACGUCGGCGGCGCGUCCGUCUCGGUCGCGAUCGGCUACACGCCGACCAAGCUCGGGCUCCUUGUCGACGUCUUCAAUAUUGAUACCGAGACGCUGCAAGCGAUUGAAGUCUCAAGUGCGUCACCGCUGUUGCAGCGCUUUGAGAAGCCGCUCGUCGAACUCUCGAGCGUCGAACGAACGCAGCUCGUGGAGCUUAUCCUUGCGCGCUUGACGCGCCUCUCUUCGAGUUCGGGCGGUCAAUUUGAGAUUGACGACCAACUCUAGUCGUCUACUGUACUAUGUUUUUGUAUACAUAUUGUCUGUUUCUGAAUGUCAAUUCUGUUUCCAAGA